AUGGAUUUUUGUGUCUUACCGGUGAGGGCCUUUAAGUUCCGGUGAAGGCCUUUAUAGUCUUUUCAGAUUUUUAAUGUCAAGUGCAAUGACGUCAUUCAAAAACACUCUGUGGAUGGCUCGCUCUCUGAUUGGUUUAUCGCACCAUUAGGGGCGGAGCUUGAGUGACGACUUGACAUUUAAAAUUUGAACAGACUAUGAGCUUUCAAGAGAAACUCUACCCGCCUAAAGAUUGAGGUUAAAGAGAAAUUGGGACAUUCCAGACAUAUUUUUUAAUUUUUUAUUAACUAACCCCAACAGUUCCUUUUCUUUUUCGAUUGUUGGGUUUCGAAUGUUAAAAAGUGUGCGGUGUUCCCUAAGCAAGUUCAUAAAUUAUUUUUAAAAAAAUGUGAUUUUUGAGCACUCAAAAAAACCUAAAUUUGCAGAAAAAGAGCAUUGAUAAUGUUGGACUUGCUUUUUUUGAAUCUAGACUGUGAAAAAGACUAUACCUCAGACUCAUGAAACUGGAUUAAUCAAAAAUUUGAAUAAAAAUCCAGUCUAUAAUUUUUCUGAGGAUUUGAACAAAAAAAUUUAACAUUUAAACCUUAAUUUGUGAACAAUUGUUGAAAAAAAUUAAUGAGACUUGUAUUUCUGAGAAUUAGAGUUCACGAGGGGCUCAGCUAAUUCACUAAUGAUUCGAGGCUGUUCCAGAGAAGUUUCCAGGAUUUCCUGUGAUCCUUGGAAUUAAAAAUCACCAGAAUUAGUUCCUGUUCAUACUGAAAUGUAUUCUUUUCUCUCAUCUCGAUAUUUUCAGGUCAGAUUGCUCACAGCUAAGCCGGCGAAAAAACCUGCCGCGCCUCUUCCUACUGUUACUGAGAGCAAGCCGGAAGAACAUGGUGAACUUUUUUUUUCCAAAAAAAAGGGCAACUGCAAUAAAGUGAAAAAUGAUUUUCCGCGAUUUUCCUGAAAUUUGAGAUCGUCUUCGAGAAUCAUUUUUUACACUAAGAAGUGUAUAACUGAAGUUUACAAAGAGGGGCUUUCAAAAUUUGACCUGUCCAAAAACGAUAACGCUUUUCCAGAAAUAGAGAUAGUUCAAAAACAAGUUUUGAGUCUAUGUCGAACUCGAGUUGAAAUUUGUUGAAUUGAAACGGAAAUAUAUUCAAAGUAAAUGUAUAUGUCAACGCUAAAUUACGUGACGAAUCGACUAUACACGGGAUGAAAAUGAGGUUUUUGUUUAUUUCUCUAUUCUGAAUACUGAAUUAAAUCCAGCAGCGAAAGGGCAGGCUUCGGUGGUCCUCGAACAUGUGAGAUGUAAGUCCGCGUUCACGGGGUUCUCGCUCAUCAGGAAAGAAGAGAAGCACGGAACAAGUCAAAGUGAUAUCGACGAUUGAACGUGCUGACAGCUGCGAUUUGCCACCGGGUCGUCGUCAAUCCCCGGAAAAGCGAUGUAGAAAUGAUCAAAUUCGAGCUAUCGUACCGUCUCUGACAGUCAGCUGCUUGUUCGCUCAGGAGACUUUUUGGUUCGCCUCACGAAAGAUAAUUCGGUGGAAAACGCUUUUGGGAUCAAGUUUUGAAAAAUAAAACUUUUCAGUCAAAGGCCAGGAUUCGCGUUGUAAUGGCGUAAGCGCCGCCGGCGCAAAUCCGCAAGCGGAGACGGAUCGGCAGGAAGGAGAGACACGCGGAAAAGGAUGCCAGCGUGGCGAAGAAAGUCCCGUAUUACGAAGAGGAUGACAGCGAUGUCACUAUUGAUCUAGGAGACGGGGGAUGGUGAAACAUGGAGAUUUAGUCGAGAUUUUCCGACUAACUCUUUUGUAGCAAAUUUCCUGCCGUAUUUCAAUUCGAUUCUCGCAGUACAUGCCCGUUAGAAAGAGAAAAGAUCACUUAAAUCUUUGGAGAGUCAGAGAUCAUUUGCAUUUCGCGAAAUCAAAUGAACACGGCAUUACAGUUUUAGAGACAAAAGCAAUUACUUUUGUCGAGUUGCGGAUGCGGCUUUUAAUUCGUUGAGAGCAAGGUGGCAUUCAGAAGAGAUCAGUGUCACGGUGCGUGACUAAGUUGUUGAAAACAAAAUUCCAUAAAGCUGACUACAUUUGAAAAAUAAUCUGAGCGGUCGGCUUAUGGACUGGACACAAUUGUUUUCAAGUUACGAAAAGUCAAGGGAAAAACCAUUCCAAAAUGCGGCCGAAAAGUCGUAUUGACUCGAAAAUACUUAGCCCUAGUUAAAAUGACGUUGAGAAUUCGAACAACUAAAUUUCAAGAUCAACGUAUAAAUAAUAAAUUGUAGCCGCUAACGAACCCUAACUUUACCGCUCUUCCUGUUCAUCUGACAAAUUGUCUCGAGGCCCUUUCAGGCGUUAGUCUCGAAAAGCAUUACCUUGGCUUCCAACGCAUCAAUCAGAUAGUUUUCAGAUAGCGGAAAGGCCUGACUCGCUCUUCCGGCGACCUGACUCCUGCUCCUUCAUGAGAGACGACGUUGCCGAGACUACGGCAUAUGAGGUGAGAGGAGAGCAAGAGUCGGAUGUUCUUGGAUGA